AUGAAUUGGCUUUUAUCAGUUUUUUCCAAUGUCAAUUCUUUUAUCGUUUCGCCAGAUUUAGACUCAAUUGAUAUAAUAGAAAAAUCAAUUCAUGAAGUUGAAGCAUCAAUUAAGCGGCUAAAUGUAUGGAAAAAUGUAAUUAUUCCAAAAAAUAAGAAAAUUGAAAUCAAAUUACAAAAGAAAUGGAACUUCAGGUGGAGACAAGAAAUGCUAAAUAAAAGAAAGAAAGGACUGAAAAGACAGGAAGCAUUAGAAAAGAAAAAAGGCAUGCUUAAAUAUUCAUAA